AUGAGUGGACUUAGCAAUAUGGUUAAAGGGGGCUGGCACCCCAAGGGGAAAGAAGGAGGCAAAGAGAGCUGGCGUGGAGAUUUCAAGGGAAUCAAUCAAGUGGCCGGAUGGAUGGGCAAGGGCAAGGACCCCAGCUCUGACCGAAGUGAACAUGUUUCCCAACCGCUGUCAUCUCUCAAGGAUCCGGCAUCCUUUGCACCACCCCCGAAGCACAUUAACUACCAUGGUGCGGCCGCGGUGAACGAAACCACCCCGGAUCGACGGGGUCUAGGGGCUCCCAUGUCCCACGAACAAAUCGAGCAACAAGACAGACAUCAAAAACAACUGGCUGAGGCAGAAGAAGAGGCAGCCCAAAAGCCCCGGCCACCUCCGGUGCCGUAUCGUGUGGACACAACUGGAUUAUCUACGAACAACUUGCCUCCUCCCCCGUCGCGAAGACUCGACUCACCUGGUCCUCCUCCCACGGGCGCAAGACCGCCCGUCAUGAAGCCAAAGCCACAACUACCUCCCCGACUUCCUCCGCGGACCGAUUCGCCUUCCCAGAGACCGUCUCCCCCGCCGGCAUACUCUGCCGAUCUACCAUCACCUUCCCAGGGAUACGUGAACCAGGAGGCGGCAUCUCGCCUUGCCAAUGCUGGCGUCUCUGUUCCUGCCUUUGGCAUCGGGGGGACGACCGACACUUCUGAGACCACCCAGGUCAAUGAUGAUUUGCCAUCUCGCUUUUCCCAGAUGCGUACCGACUCAGGCUCCUCGUCCAAGGCACCUCCUCCAGCGGUUCCAGCCCCGCGUCCGGCCAAUUCGAGGGACUUUCUUCCACCAACUCCUGGGUUUCGGGAUCGCCAUGCUGAUACCAUCGACGCAGGAAUGAAGAAAUGGGGUGGCGUGACGUCGCGUUUUAAUACUUUUGUUGAAGAUCGUAAGUUUUCGGCCAAUGCGAACAAACGGGUCCCUCGACCACCUGGGGCAAAUUCACCGGUUGCAAGGCCGGUUGUGAGGUCUCCAGCGGCUUCCAUCUCGAAUCCGACCCCACCACCGAUCUCUUCGUCUCCAUUGGACACGCAGUUGGAGACCCAGGCGCGGAAAAAGCCACCCCCACCUCCUCCCAAGCGGGCAGAGAUGCGUGCUCCCUCAACGAUGCCAGGUGCUUUCCCUGAGGAGUCGUCAGCGUCUGCGCCGGUGCCAACGCCACCGCCUGUUCCCCAUAACACUAAACCCCGCUGA